AUGACAUCCACGUCGCUGCCAAACAACUUUGAGUGGGGGUUCGCAACAGCUGCAUACCAAAUUGAAGGGGCUGUUCGAGAAGAUGAUCGCGGGGAGUCGAUUUGGGAUACUUUUUGUCACCUUGAACCAACAAGAACUAAGGGUGCUAACGGCGACAUCGCAUGCGACCAUUAUCAUCGCUAUGAGGAAGAUUUUGAUCUUCUUGCGAAGUAUGGUGCAAAAGCUUACAGAUUCUCCAUUUCUUGGACGCGAAUCAUCCCGCUUGGUGGGCGAAAUGAUCCCGUCAAUGAAGCUGGAGUGGCUUUCUACAACCGACUGAUCGAUUCUUUACUCGAAAGAGGAAUAACCCCUUGGGUGACACUUUAUCAUUGGGAUUUACCGCAAGCGCUUCAUGACCGGUACAAAGGAUGGCUGAAUGUGAAUGAAUCGCAACUCGACUUUGAGAGAUACGCCAAAGUUUGUUAUGAGCGAUUUGGAGACCGUGUGAAGAAUUGGAUUACGUUGAAUGAGCCGUGGAUUGUUGCCAUUUUCGGAUACGCGACUGGAGGAAAUGCCCCUGGACGAAGCAGUAUCAAUCCACAAUCAAGCGAGGGCAACACUGCUACAGAACCUUGGAUAGUUGGGAAAGCACUGAUUAUGAGUCACGCUCGAGCGGUUGCACUGUAUAACCGGCAGUUUCGGAGGUCUCAAAAUGGAAGAAUUGGUAUAUCCCUGAACGGCGACUUCUAUGAGCCUUGGGAUAGCCAAGAUGAGCGCGAUCAGCAAGCUGCAGAGCGGCGUAUGGAGUUCCACAUCGGAUGGUUUGCAAACCCUGUCUGUUGUAUUUGCGCCAGCUUGGCGAAAGAUUACCCUGACUGCAUGAGGAAACAACUUGGAGAGCGGCUCCCAAAGUUCACGCCUGAUGAGUUCGCUCUUCUUGAUGAGGCUAACAUCGACUUUUAUGGGAUGAACUACUAUACUUCACAGUUUGCUCGCCAUCGAGAUCGACCGGCGCCUGAUACCGAUUUUGUCGGAAACUUGGAUGAGUUGCAAGAAAAUAAUAAAGGAGAAUCUGUCGGCGAGCCGAGUGGUGUCCAUUGGCUACGGUCUUCACCAAACCUUUUUCGCAAACAUUUAACAAGAGUAUAUCGCAAGUAUGGCAAGCCAAUCUAUGUCACUGAGAAUGGCUGUCCUUGCCCCGAUGAAGACAAGAUGGGGGUUGAUGAGGCUGUAAAUGAUACGUACCGCAUUCGGUAUUUCGAAAAUCAUCUCGAUGCUGUUGGGUUGGCAUGCAAUGAAGAUGGUGCAAAGAUUCUGGGCUAUUUUGCAUGGUCUCUGUUGGACAAUCUAGAAUGGUCUGAUGGCUACGGGGUCCGUUUCGGCGUUACUUUCACCGAUUAUGAAACCCUAGCAAGAACGCCCAAGCAGUCUGCUCUACUGUUGAAGUGCAUGUUUGAGAAGCGAAUGAAGGUCGAUGUUCACCUCUAA